GGGAAGGGCGCCGGGGGCGAGAGGCGGGCGCGAGGCGCUGGGGUAGGACAAAGUGACGCGUGUCCUUCGCUGUCAUCCAAGGAGGAGCCCGCGGCCGCUGUCCCCCUCGGGCGCCCACGACGCGCCAGUCCGCAGAGAUGUCGGCCGCCGGCGCCCGGGGCCUUCGGGCCACCUACCACCGAGCCCUGGACAAGGUGGAGCUGUUGCUGCCGGAGAAACUGAGGCCGCUGUACAACCACCCGGCAGGUCCCAGAACAGUUUUUUUCUGGGCUCCAAUUAUGAAAUGGGGCUUGGUGUGUGCUGGCUUGGCUGACAUGGCCAGACCUGCUGAGAAGCUGAGCACAGCUCAAUCUGCUGUUUUGAUGGCCACAGGGUUUAUUUGGUCAAGAUACUCACUUGUAAUUAUCCCAAAAAACUGGAGUCUGUUUGCUGUUAAUUUCUUUGUGGGGGCGGCAGGAGCUUCUCAGCUCCUCCGUAUUUGGAGAUAUAACCAAGAACUAAAAGCUAAAGCAAACAAGUAAGAGUUCCUGACCACCUGAACAAUCUAGACGUGGAUAGAACCACUGGGACUAAUUUGACUUAUAAG